AUGGCCAUCUCCAAACUACUCGCAAUACUUAAAAGUAAUUUUCGCCCCCCGGCGGGCACCUCGUGGACCGCCGGAGACGACGUGAGCGAAUUCUACCGCAGCUGGGGCUUCACCACCUACCGCACCGCCUACGGCCCGGCCACCGACGUGCAGUGGCGUAUCCUCCUGGACAAGAUCCGGGCCCAGGUUGUUUCCGAGAUAGACUGCUACGUUGAGGCCGGCGAGGAAGACGUCGCCGCGCAGCUCAAGUCCCUCUUCGUCCUCGACGCCCGCUCCGAUGCCGCCCUGCUCGCAGAUAAGUCCAUGGACGAGGUGCGCAUGAUUUACAAGCAGGCGGCGGUGGCCAGUCGCAGCUCCGGCGACCCUAUUGACAAGGAUAAUAACCAGUCACUGCCCCUCAUGCACGACAGCCCUAACCAGCGUGCGUUCCUCCUUGCUGACGCCGAGGUGCUUGAGGGCGUCGACCGGGACCCCUACUUCUGGGUCAAGUGCGUCGAGGCUGAUUUCGCCGAGGGAGAUUUGGCCGAGGCGGACAGCGCCCCGGCCGCGCCCUGGGGGAGACAUAGAGCAGUCAGGCCGUGGUCUGGCUGGAUGAAGAUGACGACCCGCAGCGUGGUCGAUUUGUGUGCCGAGAUGCCGGUGCGCGAUCUGGCUAACAUCGCGCCUGAUGCGAGGGCCGCGGACGAGAUGCCUGUGUACAACGGCGAGCUGACGGGGUCGUCGCUGACGAGCAAGAUGUCGAGCGGCAAAUGA